AUGAUGAUUAUUUGGCGUUUUUAAGUUUUAUUGUUCGACUUGACAACAAUGAUGCGAGUGCCGCGACACUUACAUUGAGGGUUUUGUUUGCAGUGUGACAUUUAGAUGUUCUCUGUGUUUACUGUCCACUGACUCAAAGUGACGGCAUAAAGGGUGGCGGAGUGUCGGACUUGUUCGCAGCCUCAUUAACAUUUGAGUCACAUUGUGUCAUUGACAACACUGCACAGCAUGCCGGUUCAUGAAAGUUCACAAAGCUGCUCCUGAGUGGCAGAAGUAAAGUCAUAUUUUACCAUUAAGUUUGGUGUUUCAUAUUGAAAAAGUCCAGCUUGAGCACCAAUCAGCCCAAAAUGUUGUGUUGGAUGUGUUUCAGGAGCAGUUUAGUCGUGUCUGAUGAUGACCUUUUCCUGUCCGGUGACACUUCUGUUCUCACACCUCCUCAUCCUUCGUCUUCCACCAAUCACGUCCCUUCGUUGGCUCGAGGAUGAGGAGGAUCUGGAGAUGAAGAGGACUAUUUAUCAGCUCAAUCAGCGUCCUACUCAAACACUCAGCUCCGCCACCGUCACAUUUUCUGAUUGGCUGUGUUUUGGACUUUUGAACAGAGAAUCGUGGGAUUAGAAGAGCUUCUUGUGUCUGCUGUUUGAGGUGGAGAUGCUUCGCUCGCAGGUGCAGCUUCUUCUCGUGGCUUUGUGUUGCUCGGUGCUGAUGGUGCAGGUCGGCGGCGCCCCGCGCAGAGACAUGCUGACACAGAGAGCAGAGCUCACACACGACAAGGAUCUGGCUCACCUGCUCUUGCUGAAGCUCGUGUCUGAGGUAAUUGCAGCAAGAGGAGACGAGAUGCUCCCCGAGCUGGAGGAGGAGGAGGAGGAGGGAGUCAGGGAGGAGGUGAUGCGGCGACAUAUCCCCCUCUCCCAGAGAGAGCGCAAGGCCGGCUGCCGCAACUUCUUCUGGAAGACGUUCACCUCGUGUUAACACAAGAAGACAGCAGUUAAAGCUGGAGAACUUUUGUUUUUAAAUGUACUUUUCAAAGAUAUAUUAAUCGAUUUCUGCUCAGUUUGUUUUAAUUGGAGUAAUAAGGUUGUAUGUUUGUGAGAUUGGAAGGGAUGUACACAGUGUCUCAAAUAAAAUGUUCUGAUUUAUAAGGG